AUGGAACAAUUUUCAACUUCAUCAUCAGAAAGUUCAGAUUCAUCAUCAGAGUAUUCAUUAGAGUUUUAUAUGGAUACUUCAUGGGUUUUAGAUGCUGCAAAUUUAGUAUUUUUUAUGCAAGCAGGAUUUGGCAUGUUAGAAGCAGGUAUGGUUAGAGCAAAGAAUACAAAGAGUAUAUUAUUAAAGAAUUUAAUUAAUACAGCAAUAUGUGCAAUUUCAUAUUAUUGUGUUGGACAUUCAUUUGCGUAUGGAAAGGUUAAUCCAAAUUCAUUUGUAGGAUUUGGGAAUUUCUUUUUAAUGGAUUAUACACAUUAUGCCUAUUGGAUGAUACAAUGGGCCUAUGCAGCAACUGCAACAACAAUAGCAACGGGCGCAAUGGCCGAGAGAUUACAACUACAUUGUUAUAUAUUGUUUACAUUGGUUCAAACUAUACUGAUUUAUCCAUUCGUUGCACAUUGGAUUUGGAGUCAGAAUGGGUGGUUGUUCGAUUUGGGUAUUGUGGAUUUUGCAGGUGGUGCCGUCAUUCAUAUUGUGGCGGGUAUAACUGGUGCAUGUGGAAGUUUUCUAUUGGGUCCGAGAAUUGGUAGGUUCAAUCAAGAGAGUGGUAAACCAAAGAAUUUACCCGGUCAUUCGGUGGUGUUGAUGAGUUUGGGCGCAAUGAUACUUUGGUACUCUUGGUAUGGUUAUACAGCUGGUGCUUCAUUAGGUAUGACAAGAAGUAGAGUUUUACCAGCUUCUCGUGUUAGUGUUGUUGUAACACUAUCAGGUGCAACUGGUUUAAUAACGGUUUUAGGUAUUGGUAAAAUAUUCAAUGGUCAUUAUGACUUGGUUAAAGGUAUAAAUGGUUUAAUUGCUGGUUUAGUAUCUUCAACUUCAUCUUGUGCUUAUAUUGAACCAUGGGCUGCAAUUAUAAUUGGUUUUAUUGGUGGUAUUGUUUAUUGGUUUUCAUCAUGGGCAUUAUUAAAUUGGUUAAGAUUAGAUGAUCCAGUUGAUUCAACAGCAAUUCAUUUAUUUGGAGGAUGUUGGAGUCUAAUAAGUGUUGCAUUUUUCGCUACACAUGGUAGAGUUAGGAACCCAGAUAUCAUUUUACCUGGUGGAAUAUUUUAUGGUGGUGGAAUUAGUUUAUUAUGGGUACAAUUAGUUGGAAUGGUUCUGGCAAUUUUAUGGGCAGGUUUCCUAUCAGGUAUUUUCUUUUUUACAAUGGAUUAUUUUGGUAAACUUAGAGUUGAUGUUGAUACUGAGUUAGCAGGUUUAGAUAAUUCAAAUCAUGGUGGUAGUGCUUAUAUAUUUGAUUAA